ACUGGUGAAACUGCCAAUUAAGUUUUUACAAAUAAUGACAAACAAAGAAAAGAAUGGAAAUGAUCAUCAUUUUGUAACAAAAUUCCACCAAGAUGAAAUCCUUAGUGUUUUAGUACCACUUGAUCCAAAUUCAAAGCAAAAAAAAGCAGAUGCUUUAAACAAAGCCUCUCUGUUAACAUUACAUCAAGCAGCCAGAGAUGGUCAGGUAAAAACUGUUGAAAAUUAUUUGAGUCAAUAUGGUAAAGACAGAAGAAAAGUUAACAAAAAAGAUGAAGAGGAGACUACAGCUCUUCAUUAUGCAGUUCGAUAUGGUCAUUUUAAUAUUGUGAAAUUACUUGUUGAAAAUGGAGCAAGUGUUAACAUACAAGGUGAAUAUGGCGCUACUCCAUUACACUAUGCAGCUCGAUAUAUGAAGAAAACAGACAUAGAACAAAUGAAUAUUGAAAAUAAGGAGCCAUCUGCAACAAUCCAAAAGUAUCAUUCACUAAACCAAAUGGAAAAAUUUGGGUUGUUACAUGGCAGCAAAAAAAAUCUUUCAAAAGUACCAAAAUUUGAUAUCAACAAAAAAUCUUUAAAAAAAAAAAUUCAUGGUUCUUUUGACGAAUUUAAUUUACUAUAUGUAAAUAACUUCAUCGACUCUAAUAUAAAGACUUUAUACUCUGAACCAAGUGUUGUUUUUCAUUCAAAACGACAUAACAGUUUUCAUUAUGGAUAUGAAAAUACAAAUAAAAAAGAAGGCAAUAGUGCAGUUGUCAUUUUAGGUGAUUUAAGUCAAGAUGAAAUAGCAAAUAUGAAAAGUGUUGAUGCACUUAUUUUGCCACCUGUAAAAAAUGUUUCUUUCUCAGAAGUUGAACUCGAUCAAAAUUCUAGAAGGAUUUCUACUGUUGUUUCUACUGCCAAUAUUUCUUCUGAUUUCAAUUUCCCUGUGAAUAAUUGUUCUGAGCAUAUUUCCCCUAGUAAUAAUUCUUUUGAUCAAGUUUCUUUUGAAAACGUUUCUUCUGCUGACAUCAAUGCAAAAGAAAAACUAGUUAAAAAAAAGCCAUAUCUUUUUAAGAGAAAAAGAAACAACAAUAAAGCGCACCAAAAUUCAAUAUUGAUGUAUCUUAUAGAACAAAAAGCAAAUAUUAAUUCUAAAGACUUUAAUGGUUCUACUCCUCUCCACUAUGCUGCCAUGAGAGGAAAUGCUGUUGCUGUAGAGAUGCUGCUUAUGCAAAAAAACAUAAAUAUUGAGGCAACUGACCAAUCAAAAAUGACCCCUUUACAUUGUGCAUCAAGUGCUGGUUCCUUUGAUGUUUGCCAUCUGCUUUUAGAACAUGGUGCAAAAAUCAUAUGUCAAGAUAAAGAGAAUAUGACUCCUUUGCAUUUUGCAGCUAUGGAGGGUCAUUUAGAUGUUGUUCAACUCCUUUUUGAUUAUGCUGAGAGUCGAGGUGGUAUAACCUUGAUCGCCAAAUUGAUAUUUUCAGCUGAUCAAGAUGAACAAAGUGCUCUUCAUCUUGCAGUUGAAAACAAUCAUAUUGAUAUUGUGAAGUUUUGUAUAAAUAAAGGCUCAAAUGUUAAUUUGGUGAAAGCAAAUAUGAAUUCUCCUUUACAUCUUGCUUGCACAUCAGGAUUUCUAGAGAUAGCAAAACUUUUAGUUGAAAAUGGUGCUGUUAUCGAAUCUAAGAAUUCUUUACAAGAAACUCCAUUGCAUAGAGCUGCUCUAUUUAACCGAACUGAAAUAAUUGAGUUCUUGUUGGAUAAAGGGGCAGAUGUAAACUGUCGUGAUAAAGACAAUGAAACACCUUUACUUAUGGCUGUACGUAAAAAUAAUGUAGAGGCAGUCAAAGUGUUGCUUAGAUAUUCUGCAGACCCAAAUGUAAAAGAUGCAAAUGAUAAGACUUGUUUGUUUAUUGCUGCUGAACACAACUCACGAGAAGCAUUAAAUGCUUUAUGCAAAAACGAUAUUUGUAAUCUGUUAGAAGAGUUUGAUAAACAUGAAAUGAGGCCUCUCCAUAUUGCUGCAAAAGAAGGACAUGAAAAUAUUGUCCAAACUCUUUUGAGCUUAGGUGCACGCAUUGAUGCUAAGAGUGAUGAAAGUCUUACUCCACUACACCUAGCUGCAAAGUAUGGUCACUCAAGAAUAGUCCAAUUGUUAUUAUCAAAUGUUUUGAGCAUUGUCAAUGAUGUUGAUGAUUCUUCAAAUACACCUCUUCACCUUGCUGCAAUGGAAGGUCAUGUUAAAGUUGUUGAGAUGCUUAUUGAAGCUGGUUCUGCAGUUGAUACUAGAAAUGCAAAGCUAAUGACACCCUUAGACUGUGCUGCUUACCGUGGGUGGAACCAGUGUGCCCAGUGUUUGUUAGAUGCUGACUCAGCUGUAAAUCCCACUGAUAAGGUCAAGGUAACUUCUUUACACCUGGCUAGCAAAGAAGGACAUGUUGGUAUUGUAAAUUUGUUACUUUCAAGAAAUGCAGAUGUCACUCGAAGAGAUCAUUUGGGAAAAAAUUGUUUAGAUUAUGCUAUUGAAAAUAAUCAAAGAGAAGUUGUCGUGGCUAUUAUUGGAUGUAAUAACUGGAAAAAUGCUCUGCGUAACUCUACUGUUGAAGGAAAUAAACUAACAACUCCAAUGAGAAAACUUAUUCAAAAACUUCCUGAUGUUGCUGAACAGGUGUUUAACCAAUGUAUAUUGGAUAAUGGUUUGCCUCCUGAACAUCCUCAAUUUAAAAUUACAUGCUCUUAUGAGUUUCUUGAAGAUACAUUUACUCCAUGGGGAACUAUUGAUUCAGAUAGCAGUGAAAAUCAAGAUAAUAAGCAACUUAUGUAUUCUUCCCAUCAGUUCUUUUUGUCAAAGAUUUCUAGACAAAUAUUCCCAAUGUAUUGGAUGAAAAAAAAGGAUUUGAAACAAAACCACCCAUUAAAAUUUAUGGUUCAAAAUGAGCGUACUAGACUCUUGAGUCAUCCUUUAGUAACUUAUUUAUUAAGGCGAAAAUGGAGUUCUUGUGGCCGAUAUGUUUAUUACUCCAGACUGUUAUUGUACAUGAUUUUUCUUUUGUUCAUUACUGCAUUUGCAUUAUCUUUAAAAGUAAAUUAUGAUCAGCUUGUAUUAAGGAAUUCAACAAGUCCAAUUUUAGUUGAUUUAUCUGCUAAUUCCUCAGUGAAGUUUUUUAUUGAUCCAUCUGUCAGUCCAUCAGUGAAGUUCUUUAUUUAUCCUGGGAGAUAUUUUGUUUUAGUAUUAUGUUUGAUAAGCUUAGGAAUUGAGUUAGUCAAGCUUCUUACAGAUCCUUACCAUUACAUUCGUAUACACAGGGUUGUGGAGUUAGCAGCUUAUAUUUGCUCAUCGAUUUACGCUUUUGGAUUUUUUGGAAGCAUUCAAUAUGUAGAUGAACAGCGUCAGCUUGGAGCAGCUAGUGUCACUUUAUCAUGGCUGGGUUUGGUUUUACUUUUGAGAAAAUUUCCUAAACUUGGAAUAUAUGUUGUUAUGUUUACACAUGUUUUGAAGACAUUUACUCAAAUUUCUCCUGUUUUGUUUUUAUUUAUAAUUGCUUUUGGUUUGGGAUUCCAUUUGGUCAUGUUUAUUGAUAAACCUAUUUCAUACACUACACCUGCAAGAUCAUUGGCUAAAGUGAUAAUUGGGAUGAUGGGAGAGUAUGAGUAUGAUACAAUAUUUAAUAGUGAAGGUGGUCCAUAUUUUCCAUCACCUGUUACAUGGGCAAUGAUGAUAAUGUUUAUCAUAAUUAAUUGCAUUCUGUUGAUGAAUUUGUUGAUUGGAUUAGCUGUUGACAAUAUUAAAGGAGUACAAAAACAAGCUGUUCUUAACAGAUUAGCAAUGUUGGUGGACUUAACACUAGAUGUUGAAAAAGCAUUACCCAUUGCAGUUCAAAAGCGACUAGUCAAAAUGGAAGAAUCAAUUUUUCCUAAUGUACAUAAGUCAUGGAGUUUUUGGUCUUUUUGGUCAUUUGAAUCUCCAGCUACUAACAUAAAAAAAAAGAAUACUAUUAAAAAUAUCAAAAAGGAACACAAAGAAACUCUUCUUAGUUUGCGUAGAAGGAUGAAGGCUAUCGAGGCACAAAAUAACAGAGUGGAGGAUGUAUUGAAUGGCAUUAUCAAUCAUCUUAACGUUAAACAAUGAUUUCAUCGAAAUAUGCAUUAUUUUAACGAACAGCCGUUACUACAUUUUUAAAAUAGUAUAUUGAAUCCUUUAGAAUUUGGAAAGGAUAGCUUAAUCUAAUCUAAAAUAACUUAACUUAACUAUAAACUAUAUGUUAGACUUGGUUAAUUUAGAGAACUAUGAAAAAAAGUUAAGAAAAAAGCAUUUUAAAAUUAACGGCGCCAGGAAAAUCUUUCAAAAUUUUAUUGCAUCUAAAUCCUCUUAAAGACUAUUUAACGAGGGUUCGGUUAUUUAUUAAAUGAAUAACUGAACCGAAUCAUUAGUCAAUCGAAAGCUGAAAAAUUUAAAAUUUUUGUUAUUUUUUUUAAUUAUUAUCUUGUAAAUUAAAAUUUUUGUUAUUUUUUAUUAUUAUCUUGUAAAUUAAAUGCAUUUUUUUGAAUAUAUAUCGGGAAGUUAAGUUGUAAC